AUGAAGGUAAUAUUAUCCAUCAACGCUGGCUCUAGCUCUGUCAAAGUCUCCGUCUAUACGGUGAGUGGCGCCCUGCUCCGGCAGGUUGCCGCUGCGCACAUCAAUGGUCUUUCGGUAUCCUGCGCGACGAUGGGAUAUUCGCGCUAUGGAGAAACUAUAAUCAAAGGCAAAGACGCGCAGCAUGUGCAAAACCAGCGCGAUGCCGUGAAGCUACUGCUCGACACGUUUAUCAGCGAUGCUGAACUAAGCGAAAUCCGCUCCGAAAGCGAUAUUUCUGCUGUAUGCCAUCGAAUUGUUCACGGCGGCAACUACGAUAGCGCCAGGGUCAUCACAAAGCACAUAUAUUCCAGCUUGGAGGAGCUCGCUAGCUUGGCGCCAUUGCACAACGGUAUAGCCCUAUCCAUCGUCGACUCUUGCAUGAAGUGGCUGCCCGACACAACGCAAGUGGCCUGCUUUGACACGCAAUUCCAUGCCACGAUACCUGACCAUAUUUCCACAUAUCCCAUCGACCAAAUUGCCGCAAAGAAAGGAGGACUUCGAAAGUAUGGGUUCCAUGGCAUCAGCUACGCCUUUAUUUCUCGAUCGGUAUCCGCAUUCCUAGAGAAAGAUCGUGACAGACUCAACAUAAUCGCUCUUCACUUGGGAAGCGGUGCCAGCGCCUGUGCGAUCAAGGGCGGCAAGAGCUGGGAUACCAGCAUGGGUCUCACGCCGCUAUCGGGGCUUCCCGGUGCUACACGUUGCGGCGAUAUCGACCCUAGCCUUGCCUUUCACUACGCUGACCAUGUGGAGUUUGACCGACGCCUCCCAGGAACCAUACACAUCGCGGAGGCUGAAGAUAUUCUAAACCAUCGCUGCGGAUGGAAAUCUGUCACUGGCACUACGGAUUUUGCCUUCAUAGCGAGCUCAUCUGAGCCGAAGUGCGUGCUUGCAUUCGACCUCUUGGUGGACCGAGUCUGCGGCUUCAUCGGGAGCUACUACGUGUCUCUGGAGGGCCGAGUGGACGCCGUUGUUUUCGCGGGCGGAAUAGGCGAACAUUGCUAUGCUCUGAGACGUGCUGUUGUGAGGCGUGUGGGAUGUCUCGGCUUUUCUCUCGAUGAAGCACGCAAUAACGAAAUAAUGGAAGGGCCUGGGACAGAGGUCCGGGACAUUGGCCGUGAGAAUUCUUGGCCGCGCGUGCUUGUCUGCGAGACGGAUGAGCAAUUUGAAAUGGCCAGGAGUUGCGCGGACAAUAAAGAGCUCUGGUAA